AUGUCAACACUUAUUCGUGCUGCUAACUGUGGCAUAAAUCAUCAUGGAUCGUUGCUAAUAUUAUGCAAUAGUAGUGUGCUAUUAAAACAACCAUGUCGAAUAUUCACCAACUGGGCCAAACGUUACAUACGGUCCAAGAAUGCAAUGUAUUAUUUGGGAAGCGUUGGUGUUCUAUUCUUCAGUUUUGCAGUACUUUCUGUACCAGCAUAUCGAAUGUUUUGUGAAAAGACUGCAACCAUCGGAUUAACCAAGAUUGCUGAUGAUAUGGAACGUGUUGCAUCAAUGGAAAAAAUCAAAGAUCGAUUAAUACGUGUGUCUUUUAACGCUGACCUUCACUCUGCCAUGAAAUGGCAGUUCAAACCUUUGCAAAAAGAAAUUUAUGUUCAUCCAGGAGAGACAGCGCUUGUUUUCUACAGUGCUUAUAAUCCAACAGACAAGCCUGUAGUUGGCAUUAGCAGCUAUAAUAUCACACCUUUUCAAGCAGCGUAUUAUUUCAACAAAAUUCAGUGUUUCUGUUUCGAGGAUCAGAUCCUUAAUCCAGGACAACAGAUAGAUUUACCUGUUUUCUUCUAUAUCGACCCUGAUUAUACAAGUGAUCCGGACCUGGAAUAUACGGAUAGUUUAAUAUUGAGUUAUACAUUUUUCGAGUCAAAACCAGAUCUUGUUUUACCGGAUCCAUUCGAUCCAAACAACAAGCUCAGUAUAAAGCGGAACGCAAGUAAUGUUAGUAAAGAAAUGAAGAAAAAUUAA